AGAAAGAAAGAGGAUGGAGAUUACGAUUGAUCAUAAGCAUUUUAAAGUCAAGUUUGAAGGUUUGCAUGGUGAACUUAUUCGCAUAACAGAAUGGAAUUAGUUUGGAUAUUUCUCAUGCUUAGUGAAUAGAAGUUGUGUGAGAUGGUUGAAGGAGAUGUUUUCUAAAGCUAUAUCCAGGAAUCAACAAGAUAUUUUCUUUAGAGAGUUCAGGAGGGAUGAAUAUUGUAUGUGGAUGGAAUUGGAAAAUAGCAGGUUUGGGGAGUUUGCCAGGAUUACACAAAUGAUGAAUAAUGGUAAAAGGAAGGGUUUGAUUAUUCCCCAAGGCUCCCAAGGCAUUGGAUGGAAAGGGUUUAGAGGAUUAAUGGAGGAUGCUCGUUCAAGUGGAAGGAAUACUAUGAUACAAGAAGAAGAAAAUCAAAGUCUGAUGGUGGUAUCAAAAUGUAGAGUCACAGAGCAAGGAAAUGGGGCAUGGGCUGAGAUGCAUAAGGAAAAUACUCCUGCAAAUGUUAACGGGGAUGAAAAUACGCUUAAAGAAAAGGUUAAAUGGAGGUGUGUUGUGGUAUGUGUUAAAGCAAGUUCGUUUGUGUACUCCCAGGCAUGCUUAGUACAGGCAUUAAAAAUAAAGAUUCAUCUACAGCCUUUCCAAGUAGACAAAGACAUUUUUUUUCUACGAAUGUUGAAGAAAACAAGAAUGUUCAGUUGAAAGGAGAAAGGAUUACUACAAGGCGAAGGUAGUACGGAGAUUUUGUGCAUUGGGUGAAAGGUUGAAGAUGAGAGUUGUUGAAACUAGCAUAUUGGAAAAUCAAUCGGCCAAAAAUGAGCUGCAA